AUGCUCACAACCAAUAACAUGAAUCCGUCACAACUACGCACCGCAUUCAAGACUCGCAAGACGUCCCAGCGCGUGACAUUUGCUGAAGAUACCAAAACUACGGCAGGCCGCCCUUCGCAUGAGUACUACCGCUCAGGCCCCAACUACGAGCCAGGAGUUUUCGCGGUCUCAGAAGGCUACAAGAUACGAGACACUUCAUUCAUGAGAAACAACCACUUCAACAUUGAACAACUUACUGUCUACAUAGGUUCGGCAGAAGAAGUGAAUUCGACAGCUCGCGACUAUGAAGCUCCUCAGCGAAACGAAGGCGUCGUUCAGCACCAUCCCCGAAGAGGCGAAAUCAUGGACUUUCUUGAACAUGCAUAUGCAACGGAUGAAGAAGGCUUCGACAGCAAACUCGAUGGUGCAGACUGGCUGCUGUUGGUAGACAAGGAUAGCUCGCUAACAGGAGGGGAAUUCUUCAAGAGUUGGGACGCAGAAGAUUUGGACAGUUUCAUUGACGCGGAUGUCCCUGACCCGGGAGUUACGGCUGCAGGUCUCGAGUAUGUCCAAUUCCAGCAGUGGCAAAGAGCUCGCGCACCAACCGCGAACCCAAGGCAUCUUCGCUAUGCAUUGGAGUAUUAUGAGUUCGUCCAUCGAAAUGGCCAAUUUCAGAUCCAGAAAAUGGGACACGUGGCAAACAAAUGCGGUCAUACUCUCCAUCCCUCCGAUACUCGCAACAAAGGCUACUGCCCAAUUUGUGAGGUCAGCAUGUGUUUGUCGUUUCUGGAUGCUAUCCGGCACUCUUUCAGUAUCGCUGGCGGUCCCCGGAUUAGCAUCGGUCCCACGAAACGUGCUUACAGAGACAUACGUGAGGGAUGGCACAUGGCCCGCUUGGAGCUUGAAACGAUCGUAAGCAGUCUUGAUGUUGGCAUCAAGCACGAAGCGCACUGGGAAUCACAAUGGCCGCUCGACACGGCCUCUGCGAAAAGCGCAAACACUUCACUAAAAGCUUCGCAGCUCGCACUCAUGGAGACGAAGUACCCGGCGGCAACACUUCCUGGGCCUUCACAGCACAAGGGCGUCAAGCGCAAACACUCUACCAGCAAGUUGCGCAGGACAGUCUCUUUUGCGCCAGAGAUUACUUGCAGAGCCGAUCCGAAUGUUAUCGACGAACCACAUGCAGUUCGCAUCAGCCAAGAGCCUAUCAACUUUGAGUCCGUUGAUCGCGACUUCAACCGUCGUAGUGACGACUACGAACCUGGCGCUCACGCGGCACCAUCUGGGCAGGUAUGGGCGGAAACCUCCUUCACGACGUACGACACACAGUAUCAAGACUUGACUAACAUGAAAGUGUUUAUGACCGACUCAUUAUCCGAGUUCAGCAAGAUGGGUAAUGACCCCACGGACUAUAUCGAUCUGCAGCAUUACAUUCUCGGUUGUUAUCAUGGCGCCGAUACCAUCGUGGACUAUGUAAAUGACUGGUCGCUUAAAGCAGCAAACCUAAGCCACGACUCUGAAGCUGAGUUGGUAUAUCUCGUGGAAGAGUCGGAUGCUCUUGUUGUGCUGAUCCAAUCAGGUCAAGUGCUCGAUAUUCGCUUCGUCUCAUUUCCGGACGUAGAUGAUGAGGAUCCUAACGAGUCAGAAGUUGUGGACUAUGGCCAGUGGACGUCUUUACGCGAGUGCACUGGAAUUUGGAAGCCGCGCAGUUUCAAAGCUGCUGUCGACGAGACAGAUACGGACUCCUGUUGCCAUCUUUUCAAGCGCCUAAAGAUGUCUUAUGUCGUCACAAGCGCAAGCAUGUGUUUGCGCCUCUUCUGCCUCUUUGCUGCGCCCUCGCACAAUCCUGCUCCGUUGGUCUACAUCAACUCGCUCUUCACCAUGUACCUCAUUUCGCUUUUCCGCCAGUAUCUAUCUGGAUCCGCAGCCAACGGAGUCUUGAUCACAGCAGCCAAUAUUGCACAGGCGAAGGGCACUUUUCCAUUCCCUAGAUUCACGGCCGAUAUUAUCUUUUCCGAGACAGAGACAAAACUUUACCAGUCAUACCUCGUGCAACUCGAUAUAAGAUCCUCCGAGGCGCCCACACCGUAUGCACCAACGCCGUAUGGGUAUAAUGACUUCCUUCUCUGGCAGUCGCCAACACCACCCGGGGCUCAUAGGCCAUGUCAACAUCCACGCCAUCCCUCCAACAAGCUCAAGUUGUUUCACAAACACUGUCCGGAGUGCGUGUGGAAGAUUUAUGCCAGCUAUCUGGACCUGAUCGCCGACCGGUGGAAAGAACAAGGCGGCCCGGCCAGGCCAACUCCAACAAAGCGCAAUGGUUCAAAACUCGACCAAUAUCAGACACUUAAGAAAGCAUGGUGCUACGCAAGACUGGCGAUGGCCAAUCUUGAAAGCAUGUUCGAGUUGAUGCUAGUACAGGAGCGAUUAUGGUGUGAGCGCCAUUCACGUCGAAGCAGCGCAGGAACAGAGUCCGUAAUAAAGGCACUGGAGACAGCACAAAAUUCCGCAUACGGCCCUCCAGAGACAUCGCCAUCUCAUUCACCGCAUGAGCACCCACUGAAUGUUGCGUCGCCUGGCAAAAAGGCAAAGACACGCAAAACCGUCGCCUUUGCCGCAGACACAAAGAAAACUGCAGGUGGCCGCCAAAGAGAAAAGUACCAACGCCAUCACAAGUUAUACCGUCCUGGGAGACAUGCGUGUCCGUCAGCUCUAGGCUGGCUGAACACGUCUUCAAAGAACGAAUGGCGCUCAUCGAUCGCACAGUGCAAGCUUUUCAUCGUUGAAAAGAGCAAAGACAUGGAGGCCGAUAAGCCUGAAUCGAGGAUACGACAAGGUUUGGUGUCACACUACCCGCACCGCAUGGAAGUCAUGGAGUUUCUGCAAAAUCGCCUGGAGAACGAUGAGUUCGUUUCCCGAGAGCAGUACUUGAGAAUGCUGAAUCGAUGCGACGGGGUAGUGGUGCUGAAGCCGCAAGCAGUGAAAGAGCUGGGCGCUGAGGGUGUUGUGAUAGAAGAUGCCAGGCUACUAUUCUUGGUGACGGACGGUCAUGCAGUCAAGUCAAGCGCUUGUUCAGAUCAAGUUCAGAUGGCCGAUGUGGUCACACAAGAACAGCAAUAUCCUGCAGCCGAAGCGGAGCCGCCAGAAGUUGGGAAGGGUAUUAUUGACUGGGUAUCCGUAUCUGAAAGCCUCGAGUCAGAGGAGCAAGAAGCGGUGGAUCGCACACUUCCAGAGGUUGCUCCAUAA